AUGAAAACCCUCUGGGAUCCACAGCGCUUCGCUAGUUACUGUCUUGAGUUCGAACCAUUUGCACGCUUUGGGUGCUUUCAUAUGAAGACGAGCCACAACUAUUUUGCGUCGUAG